AUGUCUCCAACUGUCGAUAACGGGCACUUCAAUCAAACGACGACCCACAAGGUCUUGAAGCAGCACAAUGGGAAUGGUGUUCACACAUCCAGCACUGCCAAUGGCCAACUGACUUCAGCAUCGCUUAUCAGUAUGGAGCAUGAAUACGGCGCUCACAAUUAUCAUCCGUUACCGGUAGUAUUCGACUCCGCGCGAGGGGCAAAGGUAUGGGACCCGGAAGGCAAAGAAUACAUCGACAUGUUGUCCGCAUACUCGGCCGUCAAUCAGGGUCAUUGUCACCCAAAGAUAGUUGCUACGCUAGUAGAGCAGGCACAGAAACUCACUCUGUCAUCUCGUGCCUUCUACAAUUCUGUCUUUGGGAGGUUCGCGCAGCAGAUUACACAAAUGUUCUCAUACGAAAGUGUUCUCCCGAUGAAUACCGGUGCCGAGGCCGUCGAGACUGCUGUCAAGCUUGCUAGGAAAUGGGCUUACCUUAAGAAGGGUGUGCCGGACGGGAAAGCUAUUGUGCUCAGUGUUGCUGGAAAUUUCCACGGAAGAACCCUGGGGGUUAUUAGUAUGAGCACCGAUCCGGAGAGCCGCGCCGGCUUCGGCCCCUACCUCGAGGGUGUCGGACCCACUUACAAGGAUAAUGACGGAAUCAGUGUCAUCCGCUAUGGAGAGAUUUCCGAUCUAGAACGUGCUCUCGAACUUCAUGGAAAAAACGUGGCCGCGUUCUUGAUAGAGCCAAUUCAAGGCGAGGCAGGAAUCGUCGUCCCACCCAGGGGUUACUUUGCUAAAGUUCGGGAGCUCUGUACCAAACACAAUGUCCUCCUUAUCUGCGAUGAGAUCCAGACUGGGUUGUGCAGGACAGGCAAGAUGCUGUGUUGUGAGCACGAAGGCAUUCGGCCGGAUAUGGUCCUACUCGGCAAGGCACUGUCGGGUGGAGUGUACCCCGUUUCGGCGGUUCUCGCGGACCGAGAGGUUAUGCAUUGUAUCCAGCCUGGAGAACACGGCAGCACAUACGGCGGGAACCCCCUGGGAUGUGCUGUCGCUAUGACAUCGCUGCGUGUCCUCGUAGACGAGAAGCUCGCUGAUCGUGCCCAGUAUCUCGGUGAAAUAUUCCGCGCGGGAAUCGUAGCGUUGAAUUCUCCUUUGGUCAGAGAAGUCCGGGGCAGAGGACUUCUCAAUGCUGUGGUUAUCGACGAAGAGAAGAGCUCUAAAGGCCGCACCGCAUGGCAAUUCUGCUUAUUACUGAAGAGCCGAGGUGUUCUCGCGAAGCCAACCCAUUGCAACAUUGUUCGUUUUGCUCCUCCGUUGGUGAUACUCGAAGAGGACCUUCGAAAGGCCAUCAGAAUCAUCGGGCAAUGCCUUUCUGACCUUGACCAACUUGACGACAUCCCAGGAGAAGUCGAGAGUGAGAAAGGUUUCAAAGAGAUGCUUGACAACUGA